AUGAGUAACGGAAGAAACGCAUAUCAAAAGCAACAAUAUAAACACUAUAACCAAAAACAACAAGAUGGAUACCAACAGCAAAAAACGCCGCCACAAUGCUAUGUAAUCGACCUUGCUCGAUGCUACAUUGAAUAUGAAGACCUGCAAAUUCCACAUCAUGUACUCUUCUGGGGCGACCACACGAAAGUAGCAAUGGUCGUUGCAUUCAACACACAAACCUUGUCAAUAAUUACUAACAAUAUGCGAGAUGAAAUCAUGAUUCCGUUUAGUGAAAUUUAUGGAUUUGACCCUAAUCGUGAAAAAGGAUUUUGGAUUAAAUUGAAACCUGAUUUCGAAAGAAAGUUUUAUUAUCAUCCACGCGGUUUCAACCGCGGAAAGAAAAUUCCUUGUGACGAAGAGAAUCGCAUUCGAAGUUUCUUUGAGGGCGCAGAGGAAUUUAAUGUCAUUGGAUGUGAAUGGGUAAACGAAGAAGACAUGGCGACUAUUGGUAAAAUGAUGAAACAGCACAUUGGUGAUCGUAAAGAUGAAUGGAACGACCCAACUGUAAUACAAACAAUGAUGCAAACUAACAACAGCGGACUUGCACGCAUAAACGCAACAUUCGGCAAUCAAUUAUUCUUCCCAUUCUCUAGUUGUAAAUUCCAAAAAGAGAGUUCCUUCAGUUUCCUUCGCUCCAUGUGUGAUGAUGACAUGGGAUUUUUAAUUCGUCCCGAGUCCCGAGAAAUUAGUCUCUUUGUGAAUUUCCUCGAGGAUGAAAUUUGCAUCCCCUUCAACCAAAUUAUCGAUGUUCAAGUUGAAUUAGACAAUAAAAUUACUCUAAAAUUUAGAGAUAAUUUUAUUCGGCGUUACUUGAAACAUCAAGAUGGAUUUAAUCCUGCUCAGCCAGGAAUACCACUCUCCAAAGACCCGACUUUCGGGAACAAGUUUGCAUCAAACAAUCUCAUCUCCAUCGUACCAUUGCCAAAGUACAACGCUGACCGCGUCCAAGAAGUGAUCAAGGUCUUGUAUAGAAUGCUAGGUAAAAGUGUUGGAGAAACGCUGCCAGUUACUUUGAAGCUCCCGAAUGCCAACACGAUGAUGCGAACCGAAUACAUGGAUAAUAUUUGCAAUUCUGACAUGCAACAGCUUUCACUUGAUAUGAGUCGUAAUCUCAAGAUUGACGCAUAUCGAUAA